CUGUUCCUGAAAGAGGAGUAACUGACCCACUGGUACCUGGAACCCAGCACCCAGGAGGUGAACCCAGACGGACCCGAGGAGGAGCCUGUGUCCUAUAUCUUUGGGAGGCUGCUCACUGCGGGAUCAAGAUGACCACAGCCACUACUUUGGGGGAUGCUGUCUUCUCGCUGAACAUGACCAGAGGAGAAGACUUCCUGUCUAAGAGUUCUGGAGCCAUCGUUGCUGCCAUCGUGGUGGUUGUCAUCAUCAUCGUCACCUUGGUUCUGAUCCUGCUGAAGGUGUACAACAGGAGAAUGAGGACCAGGCGGGAGCUGGAGCCCAAGAGCCCAAAGCCACCUGUGCCUCCUGCUCUGGACCCAAACAGCAAUGGCGGCCAGCAGCCUGCGACUGUGACCUUCAACCACGAAGACAACAAAGUGGAGACUCGGUGACCCUGCCCGGCGCCAUCCCUGCCUCUACAAACAGCUUUUAUGACCCAGAAGCACACUCUUCUGGCAGCUUCACUGAGUUCUUUCUGGUUGGGUAAA